GAAAAAAAAAAAAACACAAUGAAGUUUCCUGUUAUUGGUGAGGCCCUGUCUGGAUGAGGCAGUCGCAGAGCGCCAGGGAAGAGAGAGGGAGGUCGGGACACGGGAGAGCCGUAAGUACCAGAAGAGCGGACCAGCGUUUCGGGAGAAAAUGGGGAAAACUGCUUUGCUGGUCACGGCGCUGUGCUUCUGCACAGUGUGCCUGUGUGACACAGGCAACGACAGCCUGGAAAAUGACGGAGGAAUCAACACUCCAAAGAUAGAGACUAUUUCUCAGGCUGAGGACAAAAAACCAGUACAGAGUCAAGAAGUUGAGAGAGGACUGGGUGGCGAGGAGGGGACUGGGAGCCCCGACGAUCCAGAGCCGACGUCCCCCCUCUCAGACUUUGAAAACUCAUACAACUAUGUCUUGUCCCGCCUGCAAUCUAUGGACCAGGCCAUCCACAAGCUGAACGUGGGACACUACACGCUGGACGUGAGACUGGUGCAGCUGCUGGACAGGCUCUCGCGGCUAGACGGCAAGAUCGGGGAGAUGGACGACGAGAUACAGCAGGUGCUCGCUCUCGCCAAGGAGAACCGCAAGGAGAUCGGACAGCUGGAAGGCUGCCAGAAGGGCAGGAGGAUAGGCCAUAAGUGCUUCCUGGUGUACCGCUCGUACGAGACCUACGCCGGGGCGUCCAAGAAGUGCCAGGAGCGCGGCGGCAGGAUGGCAAUGCCCCGGGACAGGAAGGAGCAGGAGGCGCUGGCAGAUUACGCCCGUGGCUUCUUCCACCCGGGCAACUGGCCCAUCUGGCUGGGCAUUAACGACCUGCGGUCGGAGGGCCUCUACCUGUUUGAGGACAACACGCGUGUCACGUACUUCCAGUGGCGCAAGCACUACCUGUCCAGCCAGCCGGACGGGGGCAAGAGAGAGAACUGUGUGGCCAUCUCCUCCGACGAUGGCGACUGGUGGGACAACUACUGCGACCGGCGCAUGUUCUACCUCUGCGAGUUUGAUGCUUGAAGACCUCCCAGUUGUCACCCUGAGAAGUUCCUCAACCCAGCAUGUUCUGUGGCCAAAGCCAAAGCCAACCAUUCUACCAAGUUUUGGCCAUAGUUGUAGCAAGAAGAAAGCCUACUGGUUCUGCUCUUUAAGAAUGACAGUGUUGACAAGAUGUUGAAAUACACAUUUCUCAUACUCAAUCAAUCCUCCUGGAGAACUUCCUGUAGUACUGUACAUAUUUAUCUUGAUUUUUGAGGGUCAAGUACAGUAUCUGCUACUAGUUCGGUCAGCUUUGCAUGAAUCCUUGUGCUUCGAAACUAUUGAAAUAUUUACUACAAUCAAAUCUAUGAUGGCCUUUGCACAUGAGAGUGGACUACAGUGGGUGACAUGAAGGUUUUAUUUCAAAGAAUCUUCGAUUCACAGUUUCCACCUACUUCAAGUAUGUUGUUUCCUUAUAGAGAAACCUGUCUUCAUUUAGGAAAGUAGAUAAUUAAGAAUAUUACAUUUUAUGUAAUGAAGAAUUUACUGAUCUGUUUAUGUUUAACCUAAAUUAACACUGAAUAUUUCAUAAAUAAUUAAUAAUUAAUUUUAGCCCCAUUACCUCCAACUCUGACAUUAAAGCAUGAUUCAUAUUA